GGUCACGGAUGUGGAGCGACCGGUGGAAUAACCGUUAGGGAAUAACCUAACUGGAUAGGCUCUCUCGAUAAAAAUAUAUAUUGAAAUAUAGACUAGGUUUUACACUUAUUCACAUGCUGAGAUCGUUGUAAUUGCAGGUUUUUACGUUAUUGUUUUUUUUUUAUUUUAUUUUUGUUGCUAUUGAGAACAAAUAAUGUCUCAAAGAGUGAGAAGAAACGGGUCUCCGACAUCGAGCUGUUUGUCUAUGCCAAGCAGCGAAACCGGUGGCGGUUCGGGAGGCAGUUCGGGAAUGAGUGUGUUCAGUCGCGUCCUGCCCAUGAAAGCGACGGUUCCGUUCCAGCUGAAAGCGCAGAUGCAGUCCUCCAUGCUGACCAGGUCUGUGCACGGUACCGUUAGUGGAGGCAGCAGCCCCUCGCCCACCAACAACACCGGGAACGGUAAAUUCUACACUAGCGGAUGCAGCGCCAGCGAAACGCCUGAAACGCGCACGUCGACGUCAUUGAGUCGCAGCCCCACUUGUUCUGUUGUUAAUAACUCAUCGUCAACAGUUGUUCUGGUCUCCUCUCCAGCCACCACCCCUCUGUCUUCUCUGUCUCCUUCCAUCGGCUAUGCCUCCGGCGCGGUGGGACAUGGACAGGCCGAGACAGGGACACCCUGCUCCCCAUCCGCUAGAGACAGCCCCCUCGCCAACACCACCGUGUCCGGUCACUCUGUUUCUGCAUCGUGGUCCAACUCCGCCACAUCCCGAGCCGCUCAAACAAUAUCCCCCGUUGCUCUUGUAGCAGGGUCACCUCCACAACAUUUAACUUUCCCAGUGAUCUCACCAGCACCUUAUGUCAAUAUUCACACCUACGGAUCUAGUAGUUUUAGUCUGGGUAUCCCCCCUGUUUCCACCGCAGACGGCUCCCCUUGCUACUCCCCGACCCAGCCGCUACCCUGUCCGUUAGACUACCCGAUCCUGGCGACCGCUCUACAGCUACAGCCUUUCUCGGCUUCUUCUCCGUCUUCAUCCUCUUUGUCAUCUUUUGGUGGUCAGCAGGUCAGAGCGGUGUCCCUGGCCGCGCCACAGCGCUGGUCCCCCGGUCUGGAACGGAACCGAUUGUCUCCUGAGAGAGUCAGCCCCAGCUCGCCACAUGGAGAGAGACCCAAACCUCCUCCCCUUGCCAGCCUACCCUCCUCCUCCUCCUCCUCCUCCAGUAGUAGUAUCCGCCGCACCUCUUCCCUGGAUCUUCUCCUGACUGGACCAUAUCUGUCCGGUCACUGGCCUCGGGAAUGCAGCCAUGUCCCAUGUCAACCCUGCAUGAGGGACAAAGCCACUCAGACCCCCAGUGCCUGGGCAGAGGAGUUUGUGGAGAAGAGGAGGAGGGCUUCUCACCAACGUUCAGCCUCCUGGGGAAGCAAUGACCAACUUAAAGAGAUCGCCAAACUGAGGCAGCAGCUCCAGCGCAGUAAGCACAGCAGCCGUCACCACAGGGACAAGGAACGCAAAGCACCAUUCAGUGGGAACCAUGCUGCUCUCCACCAGGCCCCAAUCCCAAAGACUGUCCUGAUUCCCAUCAAGUCCUCUGUGUCUCGGAUGCGGAACAGUGUGGAAGGGCUGAACCAAGAAAUAGAGAGGAUUAUAAUCUGCGACGCAGGAGAGAGGGACGAGCUACACCCCCACCGUGUCCCCGAUGGACGCCGUGCCCCCCCACCGUUGUCCCAACGCUCCUCCUCCCCUUCAAUCGCAUCACGGUCCUACAGCAGCUCCUACAGCAGCUCUGUUUUCCGCAGCAUCAACACCCAGACACCCCAGGGUGGGAGAGGGGCCAGUGGAGGUGGCGUGGUCAGCAGCCGCUCCGAGUCCGUCUCCCCUUCCUUCCUGACUGUCCCCACUGACACGGAGACGGCGGGGGAGAGAGGGGGAGACGGAGUGGGAGAGGGAGAGAGCCCCUUGCCUAAUGGUGAUGAGCUGCUAACGGACUGCGGAGAAAAAGACCUCGGGCCCAGCUCUCCGCUCCCUAAAUACGCCUCCUCUCCUAGACCAAACAACAGCUACAUGUUCAAACGAGAGCCUCCUGAGGGCUGCGAGAGAGUCAAGGUCUUCACUGAGGAAACACAGUCCAAGCCUCCCCAGCAGGUCCCUUGUCCGCUCCUGAGGUCCAAGAUUGCCCAGCAGGUCCCUCAGUUCCUCACAGGUCCAGACAAGAACAAGGUCAACUUUAUCCCCAACAGUGGCUCGGCCUUCUGCCUCGUCAGCAUCCUCAAGCCCCUCCUCCCCACGACCACGCAGGAACUAAACCUCAAGCCCCUCCUCCCCGCGACCACCCAAGAGCUCAGCCUGAAGAGCUCCGGGACCGGGGCCAACGUUACCUUAUCCCACCUCAGCACACCUCUUACUGGGGCUUCCCUCAGCCUUUCUCCCCUGACUCUGGAGCAGCAGGAGCAGUCCCCUACCAACAGACCAGCUAGAGUCCCCUACCAACAGACCGGCUAGAGUCCCCUACCAACAGACCGGCUAGAGUCCCCUACCAACAGACCG